CGGAGGUCCUGGGGCGGCCGCGGAGGAGGGCCGGGCGGUGGGCUCGGCCGCCCCGAAGACCCGGAGAAGUGGACCACAGGGGGCGGCAGGUGUCAGGGGUCGAGUCCUCCGCGCAGGCCGCGGCUCCGGAGAUCCGGGCUUUGCCGAGCGCCCCGCGCCUCGUCCGGGGCCAGGGCCUGGGCCGGGGCCGGGCUCUGCGGCCGCCAGCGCUGCCUGGAGGCUGGGCUGGGUUCUGUCGGCGGCGGGCGGUCGGGAACGGGGCAGCGACGACAGGACAAAGGGCCCGAGAAGACUCCAUCCUCUUGAAGAUGGGAAAUUCUUACGCCGGACAGCUGAAGACAACGCGCUUUGAAGAAGUCCUGCACAAUUCCAUCGAGGCAUCCCUGCGGUCCAACAACCUGGUGCCCAGGCCCAUCUUCUCCCAGCUGUACUUGGAAGCUGAGCAGCAACUUGCCGCGCUAGAAGGUGGUAGCCGAGUGGACAACGAGGAAGAGGAAGAAGAGGGAGAAGGAGGGCUGGAACCAAACAGCCUCCCAAACCCUUUCCAGCUGCACCCUCCGCCUGAAGGAUGCUGCACAACAGACGGGUUCUGCCAGGCCGGGAAGGACCUGCGUCUCGUCUCCAUUUCCAACGAGCCCAUUGACGUCCCCGCGGGCUUUCUCCUCGUGGGGGCCAAGUCCCCCAGCCUGCCGGACCACCUCCUGGUGUGCGCCGUUGAUAAGAGGUUCCUGCCAGAUGACAACGGCCACAAUGCUCUUCUUGGUUUCUCUGGGAAUUGUGUUGGCUGUGGAAAGAAAGGCUUCUGUUACUUCACGGAAUUCUCCAAUCAUAUAAAUCUGAAACUGACCACUCAACCCAAGAAGCAGAAACACUUGAAGUAUUACCUGGUCCGUAAUGCACAAGGGACUCUAACCAAAGGAUCUUUAAUCUGUUGGAAAGGCUCAGAGUUCAGAAGCCGGCAGAUCCCAGCCAGUACUUGUUCCGGUUCCCUCUUCCCGGCUCUGGAGAGCGCGGGGCCUCUGGCUUCCUUCCCCAGCGAGCCCACUCUGGGGACGAACCCUGGCAUCCUGAUGGGAGCGCAGCAGGCAGGACCAGCUUCUGAUCACCCCUCACUAAGUGCAGCAAUGGGUCCGGCUGUUUUCAACGGCAAAGAUUCCCCGAAGUGCCAACAACUGGCAAAGAAUAACCUGUUGACCCUGCCGCGUCCGUCGGCUUUAGGUAUCUUGUCAAACUCCGGGCCCCCCAAAAAACGCCACAAAGGGUGGUCUCCAGAAUCUCCAUCAGCUCCAGAUGGUGGCUACCCCCAAGGUGGUGGGAACAGAGCUAAGUAUGAGAGCGCAGGCAUGUCCUGCGUGCCCCAGGUUGGCUUGGUGGGACCAGCUUCAGUCACCUUUCCAGUGGUGACCUCUGGAGAACCCGUGUCUGUUCCUGACAACUUGCUGAAAAUAUGCAAGGCCAAGCCAGUGAUAUUUAAAGGCCACGGGAACUUCCCUUACCUCUGUGGGAACCUGAAUGAUGUCGUGGUCAGCCCCCUCCUGUACACGUGCUACCAGAAUUCCCAGUCCAUCUCGCGAGCAUACGAGCAGUACGGCGCCUCCACCAUCCAGCCCAUCUCUGAGGAGAUGCAGCUCCUGCUGACUGUCUACUACCUGGUCCAGCUGGCCGCGGACCAGGUGCCCUUGAUGGAGGACCUGGAGCAGAUCUUCCUGCGCUCCUGGCGCGAGUCGCACCUGACCGAGAUCCGGCAGUACCAGCAGGCGCCGCCGCAGCCCUUCCCGCCCGCGCCCGGCCCCGCGGCGCCGGUGACCUCCGCGCAGCUGCCCUGGCUGGCCAGCCUGGCCGCCAGCUCCUGCAACGACAGCGUGCACGUCAUCGAGUGUGCCUACUCCCUGGCCGAGGGCCUCUCCGAGAUGUUCCGGCUGCUGGUCGAGGGCAAGCUCGCCAAGACCAACUACGUGGUCAUCAUCUGCGCCUGCCGCAGCGCGGCCAUCGACUCCUGCAUCGCGGUCACUGGAAAAUACCAAGCCCGGAUUCUUUCUGAGAGCCUUCUCACCCCAGCAGAGUACCAGAAGGAAGUCAAUUACGAGCUGGUUACGGGGAAGGUGGACUCGCUGGGGGCUUUCUUCAGCACCCUCUGUCCAGAGGGUGACAUUGACAUUUUGCUGGACAAAUUUCAUCAGGAAAAUCAAGGCCAUAUUUCUUCCUCACUCACUGCCUCUUCUGUCACUAAAGCAGCAUCCCUAGAGGUCAGCGGGACACCGGUGUGCACAAGUUACCACCUGGAGCCACACAGCAUCCGGCCCUUCCAGUUGGCAGUGGCACAGAAGCUCCUCUCCCACGUGUGUUCCAUUGCGGAUUCCAGCACCCAAAAUCUGGACUUGGGAUUCUUUGAGAAGGUGGACUUUCUAAUUUGCAUUCCGCCCUCAGAAGUGACCUACCAGCAGACUCUGUUCCACGUGUGGCACUCAGGAGUUUUACUGGAACUUGGCCUGGAAAAAGAGCACAUGACCAAGCAGAGGGUGGAACAGUAUGUUCUGAAGCUAGACGCGGAGGCACAGACAAAAUUUAAGGCUUUUCUGCAAAACUCCUUCCAGAACCCGCACACACUUUUUGUCCUGAUCCACGACCACGCACACUGGGAUCUUGUGAGUAGCGCUGUUCACAACCUCUAUUCUCAAAGUGACCCUGCGGUGGGAUUGGUGGACCGGUUGCUCAACUGCAGGGAGGUGAAGGAGGCCCCCAACAUUGUCACACUGCACGUGACCUCCUUCCCGUAUGCACUGCAGACACAGCACACACUUAUCAGCCCCUACAACGAGAUCCACUGGCCGGCCUCCUGCAGCAAUGGAGUGGAGUUAUAUCAUGAAAAUAAGAAGUACUUUGGGCUGUCCGAGUUUAUUGAAUCCACCGUUUCUGGACACAGCCUUCCGUUGCUCAGAUAUGAUAGCUCCUUUGAGGCCAUGGUCACUGCAUUAGGAAAAAGGUUCCCCCGCCUGCACAGCGCGGUGAUCAGGACCUUUGUUCUUGUGCAGCACUACGCGGCCGCCCUGAUGGCCGUGAGCGGCCUCCCGCAGAUGAAGAACUACACAUCGGUGGAGACGCUGGAGAUCACGCAGAACCUCCUCAACUCCCCGAAGCAGUGCCCCUGUGGCCACGGGCUCAUGGUCCUGCUGCGGGUGCCCUGUUCGCCCCUGGCGGCCGUGGCCUAUGAGCGGCUGGCCCACGUGCGGGCCCGGCUGGCGCUGGAGGAGCAUUUCGAGAUCAUCCUGGGCAGCCCCAGCUCGGGCGUCACCGUGGGGAAGCACUUUGUGAAGCAGCUCAGGAUGUGGCAGAACAUCGAGGAUGUGGAGUGGAGACCCCAGACCUACUUGGAGCUGGAGGGUCUGCCUUGCAUCCUGAUCUUCAGUGGGAUGGACCCGCACGGGGAGUCCUUGCCAAGGUCUUUGAGGUACUGUGACCUGCGGUUGAUAAACUCCUCCUGUUUGGUGAGAACAGCCUUGGAGCAGGAGCUGGGCCUGGCUGCCUACUUUGUGAGCAACGAGGUUCCCUUGGAGAAGGGGGCUCGGAGCGAGGCCUUGGAGAGUGACGCAGAGAAGCUGAGCAGCACGGACAACGAGGACGAGGAGCUGGGGACAGAAGGCUCCACCUCGGAGAAGAGGAGCCCCGUGAAAAGGGAGAGGUCCCGCUCCCACGACUCAGCAUCCUCAUCCCUCUCCUCCAAGGCAUCCGGCUCAGCGCUGGGCAGUGAGUCCUUGGCCCAGCCCACGGGGCUCCCCCAGGGAGAGCAUGCCAGGUCGCCCCAGCCCUGCAGCCCCUCGGAGGAGGGCAGAGCCCCUGGUGAGAAACAGAGGCCCCGGGCCAGUCAGGGGCCACCGUUGGCCAUCAGCAGGCACAGUCCUGGGCUGACCCCCCAGCCCGCCUGCAGCCUCAGGACCGGCCAGAGGAGCGUCCAGGUGUCCGUCACCUCACCGUGCUCCCAGCUGUCGUCCUCCUCCUCGGGCUCGUCCUCCUCGCCCGCGGCGCCUGCCGCCAGCACAUUGGUCCUGCAGGCCUCCCAGUGCUCCCUGACCAAGGCCUGCCGCCAGCCGCCCAUCGUCUUCUUGCCCAAGCUUGUGUAUGACAUGGUUGUGUCCACCGACAGCAGCGGCCUGCCCAAGGCCGCCUCCCUCCUGCCCUCCCCCUCGGUCAUGUGGGCCAGCUCCUUCCGCCCGCUGCUCAGCAAGACCAUGACAGCCACCGAGCAGUCCCUCUACUACCGGCAGUGGACGGUGCCCCGGCCCAGCCACAUGGACUACGGCAACCGGGCCGAGGGCCGCGUGGAUGGCUUCCACCCCCGCAGGCUGCUGCUCAGUGGCCCCCCUCAGAUCGGGAAGACAGGUGCCUACCUGCAGUUCCUCAGUGUCCUGUCCAGGAUGCUUGUUCGGCUCACAGAAGUGGAUGUCUAUGACGAGGAGGAGAUCAAUAUCAACCUCAGAGAAGAAUCUGACUGGCAUUAUCUCCAGCUCAGUGAUCCCUGGCCAGACCUGGAGCUGUUCAAGAAGUUGUCCUUUGACUACAUCAUUCACGACCCGAAGUAUGAAGAUGCCAGCCUGAUUUGUUCGCACUAUCAGAGUAUUAAGAGUGAAGACAGAGGGAUGUCCCGGAAGCCAGAGGACUUUUACGUGCGGCGUCAGACGGCACGGAUGAGACUAUCCAAGUACGCAGCCUACAACACAUACCACCACUGCGAGCAGUGCCACCAGUACAUGGGCUUCCACCCCCGCUACCAGCUGUAUGAGUCCACCCUGCACGCCUUUGCCUUCUCUUACUCCAUGCUAGGAGAGGAGAUCCAGCUGCACUUCAUCAUCCCCAAGUCCAAGGAGCACCACUUUGUCUUCAGCCAACCUGGAGGCCAGCUGGAGAGCAUGCGGCUGCCCCUCGUGACAGACAAGAGCCAUGAAUAUAUAAAAAGUCCAACAUUCACUCCAACCACUGGCCGUCACGAACAUGGACUCUUUAAUCUGUACCAUGCAAUGGAUGGUGCCAGCCAUUUGCACGUGCUGGUCGUCAAGGAGUACGAGAUGGCGAUUUAUAAGAAGUACUGGCCCAAUCACAUCAUGCUGGUGCUCCCCAGCAUCUUCAACAGCGCUGGAGUUGGAGCCGCCCAUUUCCUCAUCAAGGAGCUGUCCUACCAUAACCUGGAGCUUGAGCGGAACCGGCAGGAGGAGCUGGGGAUCAAGCCGCAGGACAUCUGGCCUUUCAUCGUGAUCUCUGAUGACUCCUGCGUGAUGUGGAAUGUGGUGGACGUCGACUGUGCCGGGGAGAGAAGCAGGGAGUUCUCCUGGUCGGAAAGGAACGUGUCUUUGAAGCACAUCAUGCAGCACAUCGAGGCAUCCCCGAACAUCACGCACUACGCCCUGCUGGGGCUGCGGAAGUGGUCCAGCAAGACGCGGGCCAGCGAGGUACGGGAGCCUUUCGCCCGCUGCCACGUGCAUGACUUCAUUAUCCUCAACGUGGACCUGACCCAGAACGUGCAGUACAACCAGAACCGGUUCAUGUGUGACGAUGUAGACUUCAACCUGCGCGUGCACAGCGCCGGCCUCCUUCUCUGCCGGUUCAACCGCUUCAGCGUGAUGAAGAAGCAGAUCGCAGUGGGCGGGCACAAGUCCUUCCACAUCACGUCCAAGGUGUCCGAUAACUCUGCAGCGGCCGUGCCGGCCCAGUACAUCUGCGCCCCGGACAGCAAGCACACAUUCCUCGCGGCGCCUGCCCAGCUCCUGCUGGAGAAAUUCCUGCAGCACCACAGCCACCGCUUCUUCCCGCUGUCCCUGAAGAACCGUGACCACCCUGUGCUGUCCGUCGACUGCUACCUUAACCUCGGAUCUCAGAUUUCUGUUUGCUAUGUGAGCUCCAGGCCCCACUCUUUAAACAUCAGCUGCUCCGACCUGCUGUUCAGCGGACUGCUGCUGUACCUCUGUGACUCCUUUGUGGGAGCUAGCUUUUUGAAAAAGUUUCAUUUUCUGAAAGGUGCGACCUUGUGUGUCAUCUGUCAGGACCGGAGCUCCCUGCGCCAGACGGUCGUCCGCCUGGAGCUUGAGGACGAGUGGCAGUUCCGGCUGCGUGACGAGUUCCAGACGGCCAAUGCCAGGGAAGACCGGCCGCUCUUUUUUCUGACCGGACGACACAUCUGAGGAAGACAGCGGCGAGUUUUCUGGAAGAGAUGAGUGCUCAGAGCCCUCAAGCUGUUGAGGCUAAAGGGAGGCCUGGACCCGUGGGGUGUUUGACUGGAGUGGACCCCAAGGACUGUCCACGGUGCAGCCCCUGGCAGUGCACAUGGGCCCCUGAGGCUGUGGUUCUGGGAGCCAGGAGGAGGACUCUGCAGUGGGUGGAGAUGAAAAGCUGAGACUCCCCAGGUCUGGGCCAGCCCCUUGUCCUGCGCUGUUCUGAAGUCCGUUUCACGAAGAACAAAGAUUUGCUCCCUGUCCUGCCAUUCGUUUGCUUCCAUGGACGAACCUGAUUUUUCUCUUAGUUUAAGGAAUCUUGGGUUAUUUUGUAGCAGUGCCAGUAUUUCAGUAGAUGGGAUUUCAGCCACGUAGGUUCCCCUGUAACCUCCUACACAGCAAUAUUCCAAAGGAACGUUUUAACUGUAAAGGCUGGAGACAAGAAAAAAAAUAAGUAGAUCGUAUGAAUACGAAUUAUUUAAUUGCCUAUAAGUUUGCCGUUUCAGAAGCUAGCCCAAAGGCGUCACAUUUAAUAAGGUAACAAAUGCAUUUACUUCAGAGCAAAUAUCCUAUUAAAAUAAUAUAGGGUAAUUAUAUUAUUAGAAAGGGCAAAAAUGCAAAGAAGCUUUUUUUUAAAACUAAAAGGUUUUUUUGUUUUUUUGUUUUUUUUUUUUUGAAGGGAGGAAAUGAGGCUGACAGAGGUUGACCUAAAAUUUGCUUUACAAAGGGAAGAGGACUACAUUGCUUACUUGAAAUAAACAAUGAAAACAACCAAAGUGAUAGAUAAAAUAGUUGAUGAGAACUAGGCGUACCACUCUAAUUUACUAGAGUUUAGUUUUCAGUUCCUGAAGUAGCUCAUUUUCUCUUACUGAUGUUUGGUUCCUCGGGGAAGAAUCUCAUUUGACUAGAGAGGAGGUGGGAACACAAGAGAGGAGACAGGGAGAGAUUUCCUAGGGCUCACCCUUCACAGCCGGACAGAAUGGUUUUAAAGCCACAGGUGAGAGGGCCACCGUUGCCCAGGCUCUUGAGCAGUGAUCAUCGUAUUCAUCUUGUUUAAUCCUUUCUUGUGUGAUUGGAAUUAUUCUUCCCCUUUGAAAGACGAGAAGGUUGAGAUGCAAAGAGUGUGCCUGUCCAAGAUCUCACAGCUGGAAAGGCGAGCAGCACAGUUCAGACUCCUGGUUUCUGGGCUUUGCAGUUUGAAGUGGCACCUGACUUGAAGGAAAAGUUUAGACAGUUCAGUUUAAUCAU